AUGAAGCGCACGUCACCAGCAAUUGCGACUUUAUUUUUCAUCUUUUAUGAGCUAUGGACCCUCGUUAGCGCCUCUGACUCGGCCAGUGAUACCGUCAAGUCGCUCUUUGACUCUGCCGAUGGUAUUGAAAUUGGUGGUAGCAUUUUGGCUAUUAUCGCCAUUGCUGUUGGUGCUGUGAUGAUUGUUAUGGGUUACCGUCUGUUUCGAGCCGCGCUUUUUGCCGUCGGAUUCGUAGUUGGCGGUGUCGCUAUUGCCACACUUGUUGAACAUAUAUUUGAUGACGAAUCUUGGGUCACUACGGCAUCGUGGGUAGCGUUUGUAGUUGGAGGUCUAAUAUGUGGCAGUAUCGUCAUGACACUCUAUUCAUUGGGUAUCUUUGUUAUUGGAGCUGCUGGUGGUGUCGUGCUCGCCAUGAUGAUUCACAAUUCGGUCGGCCACAAGAUUUACGCGGAACACCCUCAGGUCGUGCUUAUUGUGUUAUGUAUCGCGCUUGGCAUUAUUGGUGGCAUCUUGGCACUCAAGAUUGAAAAACCCGUGCUUAUUGUGGCUACGAGUCUUUUUGGCGCUGGUAUAUUAGUCUGGGGUAUUGGCUACUUUGCAGGCGACUUUCCCACUACCACUGACCUUAAGGAAUAUGGAUCGCGUGAUAUCAAUGGUGAUUGGGUCUACUCGAUACCGGAUGCGUGGUGGGCCUAUCUCGCCGGUAUUCUGGUACUCUUUGGAAUUGGAUUGGCUAUCCAAUUCCGUAAAACUGGCAGAAAUGGUGUGUAUCACAGGUCGCACGCUAUUGGCCGCACAGAGUCUGUGCAGUACGUGGAAGCCACAACGCCGCACGAACACAAGCUUGGCAAUCCAAUGAGUCACGUAUAA